CCAUCAUACAAGGGUCAGGAGCAGACCGUCUUCUUAGAGCGAGGUUACCGGGGGAUUGUGCCUUGCAACCCCGCUGCAUCCCUUGAAUACACGUUUGAUGACCUGGAAGGCGUGUACUGGUACUUCGGUCAGUAUGACCGAGACCAUUUCAUAUUCUCCUACUUCCACGGCGCCCUCUAUCAGGGAGACGGCAUCCCUGAAAGAACCUACAACAUCAGUAGCAACUUCGGGUUGAUCAUUCAGAACGUCACCGACUCAGAUGAAGGGAGGUAUUAUUACAUGGUAGAACCGAAGUUGGGCCGAAUAUACCGAGGAUCCGAGAAGGUAGCAGUUAAAGUGACUUCUAAGCAGUUGUUUCCUACUGUUCCUGGGUGUGAUCCUCGCCCAUCGAAGCCAGUAGAUACCUGCAUUGUACGCGUACCAUACGAUGUGGUGACUAUCAGCCUGACGUGUAAAGUUGAGCAUGUCAAACCUGCGGUAGACAUCCUAUGGUUUCAUGUGCUUCCAGACGGUGGCGCUGAGCAAGUCGAAUCAUCAACUACGAUAUUGCCUGUAAGCAGACCAGGUGCAUCUUUCGACAAUACCUUUACGUCAUUAUCAACCUUCCAUCUGCCCAUGAGGAGUGAUGACAUCGUAAGGUAUAGAUGUGAGGCUCAUGGUGUAGCUGUGGGAAGCGACAAUGGAAGUCAUUUGUUGGUUAGCGUCAGGAACGUCUCACCGAUAGUUCAUACAAGUCCGACCGUAUAUUUAGAGCGGGGUCGACGUGGGAUCGUUUCUUGUCUCCCCGAUUCACCCUUCGCAUACAAGCUGAAAGAUCUAGAUUGUGUCUUCUGGUACUUCGGUUCGAGAGACAGAGAACACGCCAUUGGUUCCUAUCCACAUGACACCAUCAGUCCCCUGGACGACAUCCGUCUAGGCGUUAACAGCAGCACAUUCGAUUUGGUCAUCCAGAAUGUCUCCGACUCUGAUGAAGGGAAAUAUUUUUAUACGGUUGUACCAAAAGUGGGCAGACUCUACAAACAAGCUGUGGGGGUAGCUGUCAAAGUUUCAGCAAAAAAGCCGUUUCCUGUUGUUCCCGAAUGUCUUCCACAGCAGUCAGAGCCUGGUGAUGAAUGCGUUAUUAGCGUACCACACGAUAUGGUAAAUGUCACCCUUACAUGCAAAGUUGAACACGCCAAACCUCCGGUAGCUGUCCAAUGGUUCAUGGUAUUUCAAGACGGGCACAAAGAGGAUGCUGAAUCUACAGAAACCAUGAUUCAAACGGUACCCAGUCAGCCAGGGUCCUUUUUCGACAACACUUACACGACUGUAUCUUCUCUCUAUCUGUCAACAACGGUUAACGACAGCCUGAGAUGUAGAUGUGAAGCCUCUGGGGUAGCAGCAGGAGGCGAGAAUGGACGUCAGAUAACUGUUACCAUCAGAAGAAAUUCAGCGACGGUCCGGACAGAAACAACUGAGACGACAAGCCCUGAUCUGCAAAACAAUCCUUGCACCUUCGACGUUGACUUUCUGUGGAAACUCUUAUUUGCAAUAACAUUUGCAAUAACUUUUCUUUCGGCACUUGGAAUUUGCAUCCGGCGAAGGCCAAAAUGCAUCAAAAGAGUCAAAAGGGCGCAGAACCGUCAACGUGGGAGUACUAUUAAGGCAUGGGGAGACACGGAGAUGCAUUCAGCUAAAAAGGAAGAUACAGCCGGUAUCGAAGUGUCUGAGCUCCUGCAUCCAAACAGUAUACCCAUUGCAAGAGUCAGAGCGAACUAACUGCCACGGCAUCAUGUGGUAACGACAAAGAUCCGAAAUUCCCAUGGACUAAGUUCUGCAUCCAGCAAUUAAACGCUUGUUGCCGUCGUUUUGCAAACCUGUUUAGGACCUAAUAGUUCACUUGCUAUCUAACGUUUGCACACAAAUUGUUUUCGCGACUGCCGAUUCCUUGAACUAGUCCGUUUCUGUACCUGAGCAGCCAUCACAUCCACUUUAUUCGCAUUGAUCUGUACAUAAAGUCACAAUAUGGAGUAAAGGAGGUAAUUUGUUUAAUCAGCUUUAGAAAAUAAACAGUUUCCAGGCACGAAGUUUUACAGCGUGUAUUUAUACCCGAAACAGGUUUAUAUACAUUUUGUGAAAGGGGCAAGAAAAUCAACUGCUAAACAGUACGUUUUCUCCUGAGUAGUGCAGAAAACCAAGAAUUGAAUCUGCAGCACCAAAUUUCUGUAUCAUCUGGACACUGCAUGGACACUGAUGAAAUCUUGAAGAACAAUAUUACAGGCAACCUUAAAUUGUAGAUGAAAAAAAUGAAUGCAUUAUGUCCAGUGUAGUAUCAUUUGCUGCGGUUGUUUCAAAGCUACCUGUGUUAAAGAGUAAGGUCAUUUUUGAACCUUUUUUUCUUUGUAAAGUGCAUUUAGACCCGUCGUUGUUGGCUUGAUGAAAUAAGGCAAAUUGGGGGUAAUCAAUAACUUACAAAAUAUUCAAAUUGAGCAAAUGAAUGUUAAUUUUUUUUCGUAAUUUUUAUCUUUAACUGCAAUCCAGAUCUGCAUAAAAUUACAAUAUUUCCAACUUAUUGGUCGGAGUAUAUAAUAAUUUUUCAUCCACUCUUUGUUUAGGAAAACUUUCCCUAAUUGGUUAAACUGCGGUGUUGCAUGCGUUGCAAAUUUUUGCACCGCGGAAUAAAUAAGCAAGCCACUGGUCAACACGUUUUAAACAAUGUUGAAUCAUUUCAAUGUCUCUUUGAAAUCUCCUUUGGUGGGCGGACCUCCUCUUAUCUUCUUUUGUACCUUGAUCAAACCAUCAAUGCACCCACUGUAGCUAGUGUGUAAUUAGUGGUUGUUGGGUUUAUGAAAUCCGCCUACUGUUAUUUCAUUGUUAUAAAUAAUCUUCUGAUCUUA